GGCUUGUUUUGGAGAAAGUGAACGUUCUAGUAUAACGUUAGCUAGAUAGCAAGCUACAUGCUUAUUUUGUCAAAUAAUAACAGUAUUUGUUACUUAAUAGCUUGUGGGGCGUGAUUUAGCCAUUUCUAAAGGUUACCAUAAGAUGUUGUCCUCCCGUAUUUCCAGCUGGGAUGUGCGACGGUGGAACUAGAAUGAUGUUAGUGGACACAAUGCUAUCUGGGCAACAUGGCCCACAGGAGGCCUUUGGUGUUAUGGAGAAGAUGCCACAGGGCAGGAAUUAUCAGUGUGUCACAUGCUUGAAAUGUUUUUCCGCCCCAUCCAAGCUACAGAGGCACAUCCUUUCACACACAGGACAACGACCAUUUGGGUGUCACCUCUGUGAAAAGGCAUUUCGGCAACUAGCACACCUGAAACUCCAUCUUAACACACAUCUUUAUCCAAAACGAACUGAACAGAAGAAGAUGAAUGUAAAGUCUAGCUUGCAUCCAAGUGGAUAUGAAAAUGCCCCUCCUGCAAAGAUAGACAACUCAAAAGCAUGUUUGCAGACAGGCUCCUUGGACCCAGUCGGUGCAGAGGACACAUUGGAGGUAGACAUCAGGCCUACUGGACCUGUCCACAUAAUUGAGGAAAACUCUCUCUGUUCCCCUCGCUGUAUCGCUGAACUAUAUCCCCCACACUCUGAGGUCGAGAGGUUUGAGAAGCAGCACACAGAAGAGGAGCCAAUUGGGAACCACGAUGACUGGAGUGAACCUGAGAAACAGACACUGGAUGAGGAUAGAUCCCCCAGAGAUGAAACAGUGGACAAACAUACAAAAAUAAUUGAGAAUUCAAACUCUCAUAAAUGCCCUGAGUGCUUUAAGUGCUUCAGCGCCCCGUCCAAAUUAAAGAGGCACUGCCUGAUUCACACAGGCCAGAAACCAUUUCAGUGCUACCUAUGCCGGCGUGCUUUUAGGCAGCUGGCCCAUCUUAAGGUACACUACAGCAUUCACUCAGGGGUCGCGAAGUCUAGAAGUCUCAAAUCUUUCUCUCAACCCCAGAGGUCAAAAACCUGGCCAAGGAACUAUCCAUGUAACAUUUGUGGCAGGAGAUUUAAACAGAAGAGACAUUUGAUAGUUCACCAGCAAACUCAUCAAGGUCCAGAUACUGCUGUGCACCCUGAUAAGUUAGAUAAUACGAGUAAGGCCUGCCUUCCAACUCACACUGACCAUGCUUCCCAAGUAGAUUUCUCAAACUCUGAAAAUGCUAUAGCGUACAAUACAGAGCUGAAUGAAAAGAGUCAGAUACAUGUUGUUGAAGGUUUAGACAUCUUAUCUGAAGAAUGGCAUAACAGUGCAAAGCAUGCGUCACAGGACAUUGACCUCACUCGCUCCUCAGACAGAAACAAUAAGUCAUCUGUGUCUAAUCGCUCUGACCGUACAAACACAGGUAAGGUAAGGGAAAAUCAGUGCAUGCUGUGCCUAAAGAAGUUUGACUAUCCCUCCAAACUCUCCCGACAUCUAUUGGUCCACAUGGACAUCAAGCCAUUCGGAUGCACCGUCUGUAGUAAGUCUUUCAGACAGCUCUGCCACUUACAGAAUCACAUGAAGGCGCAACACGUAAAAAGCGACAAUGUUUUGAAAAGUGUAGAAGAUGCUCCCGACCAACCAGGUGUUAUUCUAUUAAAGGACAAGUCUGUUUCUGAGAUGAGGAGAAAUCAAAGUGAACAUUUAGACCAAGUUUCUCAACCUCAGGAAGGCAGCAGAGACAUCAGUGAAGUUGGUUGUUUUCUAAACCAGUAUGUUCUACCUGUCAGACCUACCUUAAGUCAUUGCUCCACUGACAGUCUCUACAACUAUGGUGCUCAACAACCUACAUGGAACCCCAGUGGGAAGCUGCUACCUGGAUUGGAUUGUGAUACAGUAAACAGGAAGUCUGCAGAGCAGCCUGUUUCUCUCAGACAAGUGCAUAACACAGACUACACAAAUACCAGUGAUGUGUUGGAAAGCACACCAACACACCAAUCACUGGUAGGCAUAUCUAAACAAAGGAGUUGCAUCUUUCAAAACAAACCCACAAUCCAUGGCAGAGGGCGUUAUAGUUGCCCAAUUUGUUCAAAGCGCUUUGAUGCUCCAUCCAAGCUACAGCGGCAUUCCCUGAUCCAUACAGGACAGAGGUCCUAUCAGUGCCCCACUUGUCUCAAGACAUUUAGACAAAAAGCUCAUCUGAAGGUGCACCAGUCUGUUCAUGAACAAAGAAAAGAGGCUAAACCCUCUACUAGUCAUAGUGAAGACCGAGAAACCAAGUCUUUCUCAAGACCAAAAAGGACCCCAUCUUCAAAUGAAAAGGAUGUAGUCUUUUGUAAUAGGAGUCAGAAGACAUCACGUGACAGUGAUCUCUCUGCUGUCCCUCCAACUCAAUCCGACUGCCCUCUGACAAACAACGUCAACAGCCCACCACAGACAUCUGUUGCACCUAGGAAAUUGGGGGGGUACCAGUGCAUGGCCUGUCUAAAGAAGUUUGACUAUCCUUCUAAACUCUCCCGACAUCUCUUGGUCCACAUGGGCAUCAAGCCUUUCAGAUGUGCCGUCUGUAGUAAAUCCUUCAGACAGCUCUGCCACCUACAGUCUCACAUGAAGGUCCAUAAUAGUAAGACCACACUGCAUGAGGAGGGUCAACAGAGGAACAUCAACUUGGCUCAUCUGGACAACAUUCCCCCUGAGGCUGGGGUUAUUUCUGAGGGACACGUCUUUGCAGCAAGUCUUCAUCCAGAUGAACCAGGCCCAAGUCAAACUUUUGGAAAUAACAUACAAAAUAGUAAUGGUGGUGAAUCCUUAUCUCACUACUGUUCAACAGAAAGCAUGAACCAAUCCACAGAAAUCAUCAGAAAGAAUGAAACAACCCCAACCCCUGAACAGUCAGAAGACAUGAAAAGCAUGAAGUCAGAAAACAACUGCCUAGUGGAGCAGAAAUGUAUCUCACCUCCUCAACUGACAAAGAGCACUUGGAAUAUUGCUGAAGAGAAACAUGUGGACAAGUUUCCCUCGGAUGAAUAUUAUGGACAGCAAAACCACCCCCUGAUUCCCAACUGGUUAAACCCCUAUCCAUAUCAACAAGAAACCGCAAAUAACAAACAGACAUAUCCAAUUGCUACUCACCGUAUUCCUUACCUGGAGGAACCAGGAUCCAGCCACAGUGACCAACCGGAAAUACCAGUUGAUGUGAAUCACAAGUUAAAUCUAUAUCAAUCCCCUUUAGAAUCUCCUAGCACUAAUUCACAAUAUGAAGCUAAAGAGGAGGAAAGGUUGGAGGUUGGGCUUAGGUCAGAGUUUAAUGUUACAUACAAGUCAGAACCUCCCAACGACCUUCAAGGCUGCUCAGACUGUAGUCAGUGUUUUACCACCAAGGGAAAACUGAAUCAUCACAGGUGCUCUCCAAGACAUUCAGUUGAAGAGAGGCAGGCGAGCUCAUAUCGCUGCGCUAUCUGCUUCAAAAGCUUCGAGGCUCCCUCGAAAUUGAAAAGACACUAUGUUAUCCACACAGGCCAGAGGCCAUUUCAGUGUACAGUGUGUGGAAAGGCUUUCACCCAGGCAGGCCAUUUGAAGACACACCUGCAGAUCCACAGGUAAAAGACUUGGGACAUUCACCUACUGUAUAACGACUCUAAUCACAGAUCUCCACACACUCGUAUCUUACUUAUAUUUACCAUUCUCCUCUACUCUCUAACAUUAGCUUUUUGAAUUGCAGAAUAUACCUUUUAUUAUGUAUAUUUUUCUGCCUUUCUAUUCUGUCUUAUUUUCUUGAAGUGGCUUUUAUAGAUGGUAUUAUAUGGUUUAAUGCCUUUGUACUAUAUAGUAAUGUACAUGUGGUGUAUUAAUUGGUUUUUAACAAUCUGCCUAUUUACAGUGUGAUAUUGCAUGUUUUUGUGUUGCCUGCAUUAUGAAUAUGUAAAUAUGACAGCAGUCGGUACUUCUGUUUCACACACAAAGUAUACACUAGUGCAAAUGUGUCUUUAAGGCAAUACUCUGGCUGGCCAUGGCAUUAUGGUGCUAGUUGGUUAUAGCUCAAACAAAAUACAUUUUGGAUAGGUCUUGUUUUUGGAACUGAGGUAGGCAUCAUUUAUUCUGAAAAACAUUCUGAAAAAUGUUGAGAGGAGACUACCUAAGCUGGAUCAACGCCAUCAGAUAACUUGGGAAGUUGUUUCAUUGUGACUUGCAGUACCACCUAUUCACACAAGAUGGCAUCAUGUCUAUUUGUUUUGGUUGGUUGAGAUGCGGUUGGUUAAGGAGAAGCUUCUGACUUCUAAUGACCGAUGUUAUUCGGGGGGACACUUCAGUGUGAAAUAAACCGUUUUUUUUACAUGGUACAUUUUCUUUUUGACAUUUAAAUACAUAAUCAUACUGUUUUAUGAAUGUGUACUCAUUUGAAGUGUUUGAACUGUCUUUAAUCCUGAUGUAAAGGUUCUGAAAAAUGUUGAGGAUCUUAAAGAGUAGACUACCUAAGCUGGCAGGCCAUGACAAGAUAAAAAGCUCAUUGACCUGUUAGGGAUUUGUGGAGUACGGAUUACGGGGAUUAUUUUCCCCCUAAAACCAUUCAAGAUUCAAGCUGUUUCUUCUUUAACCCUCCUGCUGUGUUCUGGUCGAAUUGAACCUUUUUAGAAGUUUUCUCUCUGAAAAAUGUAGUUCAUUUAAUCUGAUUGUCAUAUAAGGUUCCAUGACUUUGUCCACACAGGGCAUCUGAACACACAAAAUACAUUUUGAUGAUUUUCAUUACGUUUUGGGUGUUUUAUUUAACUUUUGUACACCUGUGGUGUUCCCGGUCAAAAAUGACCAGUCAAAAAGGACGGGUCAUUAGAAAUGAAUGGGUGAGACUACAAUUGGUGUAUAAAAUUGAGUUCAGGCACAUGCCCAUUCAUUAGAUGGACACACUUCCUCUCCCAGACCCCCACAUGCAUGUGUGUUUGAGCACACACACACACACACACACCUCACUCCCUAUUCUUGGCUUCCAUGGCAACCCCAACGGGAACCUUUCCCCAAUAGAGUCUUUCCCCCAGGGGAACCACACCUGUUGGCAUUCUCACAAACAAUCACAACAUUGUUUCAAUAAUAUAUAGAACUUUUCUCUGGUAUAUAAAGCUUUUUAGAGGUCUUGCUCACAAUCCAUUCUGUGGCAGCACAAUGACCAAACGAUAAACUGUAUGUGAGGCUCUUGAUCAUAUCUUUAACCAUGACACUGGUGAGGAGAGAGUCCUUGUUAAACUUUGACACAAAGUAGUCUGUGAUAAAUAGCACCAUAUGUUUAAUCUGAGUAUUUGUUAUAGUCAAAAUAAACAUUCUACUUUUUAAAAAACGAGCUGUAUGAGCUCAGGUCAAUGAGGCCUACGGGUCUCAUAGCUAAUAGAAGUUCAAAACCUGUAAUCUUCACAAGAACUUAAGUUGAUUAAAAAAAUCUAACACAACAUUAGGUGAUAAUAUAUUUAUUAUUAUGGAUUUAUAAUCAGCUAUGAUGGGGCUGUCAUUUUGGACUGGGAACACAGAAUUAAUUAACAUGAAAUGAACACAACAGGAGGGUUAAGAAUUUCACAAGAUGUUAUAUUAUGUUAAGUAUAUUAUAUUGUAUGCAGUUCUACUGUAUAUGCAAAUAAAUCGUAGAAGUUUUA